AUGGUGACAGCGGUGUGGCAAGGCAGCAAAGCAGUUCAAGAAGACAACGUGCCUUCAGCCGCAGCUCUACAAGUGGAUGAUACCUACACCGGCACCGACUCCGUUACCGGCUCCGUGGCAGGCUCCGCCGCUGGCUCCGAUGUUAGCCCCGCUACUAGCUCCGCCUUUGGUUCCGCUGCUGGCUCCGCCGCCGGCUCUGAUGUUAACACGCCGCCCGCCGUCAGUGGUGGAAACUCCCAUGGUACCCCACCUUCAGCCACCGGCAGUCGUAGUCCCGACGCCAACUCGUUGCCUACAGUAGACGUCCAUGACUCCGAUGCCGGCUCCGAUGUCAGCUCCGCAGCCGGCGGCGGAAGCUCCAGUGCCAACCCUCCUCCAGCCGCCAAUAGCCCGCUGCCCGUAGCUUGUGGCUCAGAUGUUAGCAUGCAGUCCACCGCUGACGGUGAAAGCUCAAAUGCUAACCCACCGCCAGCUGCAGGACGUGGCUUCAAGACGAGCUCAAAGCCCGCAGUCGGAUGA